ACGGGAGCGGGAACGCAGGCCCUUCCCGCAGGAGGCCGUUCCCGCAGGAGGCCCCUUCCUUCCCGCAGGAGGCCCCUUUCUCUCGCGGGAGGCCCCUGCCCACGGCCUCCGCCCGCAGACUCCCUCCUGGGCCUGUGGGGCCCCGGCGCACCCACUAGGGGGAUCCUGGCUUCGGUGUUAGGGCCCCCGAGGACGUGCGUAAAACCGGGUGAGGACGCUGCCUACUAGCCACGUCCAUGUGUUGUUCGGAGUUGUCAAGGUCGUGUGACCAACUAAAGGUUCAGAGCCAAGCUGGCCCACUGCGGGCUCUUUAGGCACGCGGCGUGGAGGUGGGCAGGGCGCGGAGGCCACCCUGGGCGGGCAGCAGUCGCCGACCUCCGCUCAGAAGAGGCUGAAGUGCAGCUCGGGUGGAUGUUUUCACACACACACGGAGGACCCGGAGCUGAGAAGGUGCCGGCAUGGCCAGCAUCACCCAGCUGUUCGAUGACCUGUGCGAGGCCCACCUGCCGGCCGCAAAGGCUCACCUGGGGCAGUGUGGCCUGGACCGGAGGAGGGCAAAGCAGAGCCUCAAGAAGGUGGCCUACAAUAUGCUUUUCACAAAUCUCUUUCAAGAUGAGACUCAUAAGCUGCAGCCUGACCUCCCUAAACUCCCGGUGAAGAACAAGAUCCUCCUGCUAUCCUUCAACUUGAGAGUAGGCGGCCUGGGCCCUGAGGCUGAUCGUUUGGAGGACCUUGUGGAGGAGCUCGAAGGUGCCACUUGGUGUCCGCUUGUGGAAGUGUUGUCUGUUUUGGACCUCCUAGUUCAGCUUGCAGGGAGCGGCCCCCCUCAAGUACUGCCCCGAAAACGGGACUACUUCUUUAACAACAAGCAUGUGGGGAGGAAUGGUCCAUACAGUGGCUACGACUGCUAUGACUUGAGUGUGUUUGAGAUGGACGUUCAGUCCAUGAUUGCCAGAGAGGAGUAUUUGUGUCACGAUAUGGUUCAGAAAACACUCCAGGUGAUGGAGGCUGCGCCAGGCACCGGCCUGCUCACCUUUGGGCGCUUCUCAUCUGGUGACUCUUGCGACAAGUUUGAAAGAGACACCCGGACCUCCCUCUUCGGUGCCCUUGUGCACAGCCGCACGUUCGACAUGGAUGUCCGGCUGGACCUGCCCCCCGUGCCAGACAGUGCGGACCUGUCUGGACUCGCCAUUAAAGUUCCUCAGAGCGUGGAUCAGUCGGAAGAUGAAGGGUUCCAGUCGGCGUCUAAUUUGACUCCUGACUCCCAGUCUGAACCAAGCAUGACCCCGGACCUGGACCUUUGGGAGGCUGUGCUCACCUACGAGGCCAGCAAGCGGCGGUGCUGGGAGAGAGUUGGGUGCCCCCCUGGCCACAGAGAGGAGCCCUACCUCACCGAGGCGGGAAGAGACGCCUUUGACAGGUUCUGCAGACUCUGCGAGGAGGGGCUACAGGUCGUUGGUGGCAGCCUCCUCCCGGCCCCGCAGCGCGUCCUGGUGAGAGAGUGUGAGCUUGUGAAGGACACGCUGAACGUUCUCAUUGGGGUUGUAUCCGCCACAUUCUCACUCAGCCAGUCAGCACAGGCCUUCGUGGUCAAGCCGGGUGUGUACGUGUCAGGGACGUCCCCUGAGAGCAUGCAUAGUCUCCUGUCAGAGGUGGCCGCGUGCGGGACCUACUAUGUGCGCCUGAGCCGCUUCUCUCUGCAGCCAGUGCUGGACACCACCUGUAGCAAGGGUCUUGUGUUUCAGGCCUUCACCAGCGGCCUGAGACGGUAUCUGCAGUACUACCGGGCCUGUGUGCUCUCUACCCCGGCCACCCUCAGCCUGCUGGCCAUCGGCUUUCUCUUCAAGAAGCUGGGCCGGCAGCUCAGGUACCUGGCCGAGCUGUGUGGUGUCGGCACCGGGCUCCCGGGGACCGCCGGUGGAGGGCCCAGGACUGCAUUCCCAACGGGCGUGAAGCUGCUCUCCUACCUGUACCAGGAGGCCCUGGACAACUGCAGCAACGAGCACUACCCGGUCCUGCUGUCCCUGCUCAAGACCAGCUGUGAGCCCUACACGCGGUUUAUCCAUGACUGGGUGUACAGCGGGCUCUUUCGGGACAUCUACGGCGAGUUCAUGAUCCAGGUGAAUCACGACUACCUUGGCUUCAGAGAUAAGUUUUACUGGACCCACGGCUACAUGCUCAUUUCUGAAGAGGUAGAGGACUGCGUCCCCGUGUUCUUGAGGCACAUUGCCAAUGACGUGUACGUCUGCGGGAAGACUAUCAACCUGUUGAAGCUCUGCUGCCCCCGGCAUUACCUGUGUUGGUCUGAUGUCCCUGUCCCUCGGAUCUCGGUGAUCUUCUCUCUCGAGGAGCUGAAGGAGAUUGAGAAGGACUGUGCCGUGUACGUGGGGCGGAUGGAAAGGGUGGCACGCUACAGCUCAGUCAGCAAGGAGGAGAAGGAACUACGUGUGGAAAUAGCAAAACAGGAACUGAUUGUCCACGCCCGAGAGGCAGCAUCCAGGGUUCUGAGCACCCUGAGUGACCGGCAGGUGUCUGAGCGAGCGGCCUUGGAUGCCCGGAAGCGAGAACAGUUUCAGAGGCUGAAGGAGCAGUUUGUGCGAGACCAGGAGCGACGCCUGGCGGCCAGACAGGAAGAGGCCGACGAAGACUUCAGCUACGCCCGAGAGCUCCGAGAGAGGGAGAAGCGGCUGCAGGCCUUGGAAGAGGAGCUGGAGCGGAGGACGAGGCAGGCGCUGGUCGAACGCUACAGCCGGCUGUCAGCUGAGGCCGCGUGCCGGGAGCAGAAGGCGCUCUGGGGGCUGCAGAGGCGCAGGCUGGACGAGGUGCGACGCUGCUUCCUCCUGGCAGACCAGAAACGCCAGCAGGAGCUGCUGAAGGAUGUGUCUGAGGGGGCGUGCCCACAGCUGCUGGAUGAGGUCCCGUGUGCUGAGCGGUUACCUGGGAUAGGGGUGGCGCUUCCCCAGGCCCUGUCCCCAGAUGUGGAGCCCCCAGGUGGAAGCCAAAGCCAUGAUUCCUUACCUGUGGAGGAGCACGGGGUGGUCCCAACACCCUGGCCCCCGGGGUCCCCCGCCACAGGGGCCGAGCCUUUCUCUGCUGGCACCAGCAUACGAGACUUCCUGCCCACGGAGCUGGGGCUGGAGCAGCCUGCAGAGCCCAACAUGGCCUCUGUUGCGGGGAAUGCCCCUCUCUUGCGUGAAGCCCCUGUUUUGGGGGAGGCCCCUUUCCCAGGGGAGGCCCCUCUGCUGGAGCAGGCGUUGUGUACCAUCAGCUCAGACCUACCUUCCUUGACUCCAGGGGAGGUGCCCACAUUGGCUGGCACACAGCCCUCCCAGGUGCAAGAGUAUGAUUUUAGUACCAUCCUGAGGCCAGCUGUGGCUGCCUUGGUCUCUCCAGGAUCCCUCCAGGCUCUAGAGGGCGACUCAGGCAGCAAGGGACCACAGCUGCGAUGGGACACUGACACAAAGCUGGAUGCCCGGGUCCCUGAAGUUCUGGCGGGUCAGCCUCACCUGCCCUUGCCAAGGCCUGCUGAGGAGGAGAACAGUGGGCCCCAAGAUCAGCCUCUUAGGCACGUGUCUGAAGGCAGGGUUUCAUCAGUGGGUCAUGCUUCUCAAACAGCUCCCUCCCGGCCACGGUGGAGUGUCCAUGGCCACGUGUCUGAUGCCAACAUCAAGAUUGGGGAGAAUGUCUCAGAUAUGGCUCCCUUACAGCCACGGUGGAACAUCCAUGGCCACACGUCUGAUGCCAACGUCAGGGUUGGAGAGAAUGUCUCAGACGUGGCCCCCUCCCGGCCACAGUGGAGUGUCCAUGGCCACGUGUCUGAUGCCAACAUCAGGGUUGGGGAGAAUGUCUCAGACGUGGCCCCCUCCCGGCCACGGUGGAGUGUCCAUGGCCAUGUGUCAGAUGCCAACAUCAGGGUUGGAGAGAAUGUCUCAGACGUGGCCUCCUCCCGGCCACGGUGGAGCAUCCACGGCCAUGUGUCAGAUGCCAACAUCAGGGUUGGGGAAAACAUCUCAGACGUGGCCCCCUCCCGGCCACGGUGGAGUGUCCACGGCCACGUGUCAGAUGCCAACAUCAGGGUUGGAGAGAAUGUCUCAGAUGUGGUCCCCUCCCGGCCACGGUGGAGCGUCCAUGGCCACGUGUCAGAUUCCAGCUUCAGGGUUGGGGAAAAUGUCUCAGACGUGGCCCCCUCCCGGCCACGGUGGAACAUCCGUGGCCAUGUGUCCGAUGCCAGGGUCAGGAUUGGGGAGAAUAUCUCAGACGUGGCCCCCUCCCAGCCACAGUGGAGUGUUCACGCUUCCCAGUCCCAUACUGGGCUGGGAGUGCUCUUGGAGGAAGCCGAACCCGAGAAGUCUGGGCCUCACCUGAGCCCCUCUGGCCACGUGGUCCAGUCAGACCAGGGAGCACAGAGCACCUCCCUGGAGCAUCCGCCUGCAGAGACCACACCAGGGCCCUUGGGCCUCUCCCUGGCUCAGGUGGCCACCUUGGGCAGUGCAGAGGAGGGUGGUUUCCAGGCUGAGCUCUGUACCGCGGCUAGGCCUGGAGCCCCUGAGGAGCAUGGUUCUGAGGGCUCCAGGAGCAGUGGCAACAGCAGCACCGCCUCUCCAGGUCAGCCCUCGAGUCCACAGGCAGGUGAGGCCAGGGAGGAAUGGGCCUACCUAGAAGGCCUGGCAGCACAGUACCAUCUGGAGCAGUAUCCCGACAGCUACGAGGCCAUGUCAGAGCCUCCAGCCGCCCACCUCCUGCCCCAUGUGCUGCCCCGCUCCUUCUCCUUCCCUGUGGACCCCCAGGCCCAGCCCGGCACAGAUGAGACCGCAGUGCAGCUGAGCGAGCUGCUGACCCUGCCAGUGCUCCUGAAGCAUUCCAUCUCUGCCCCGCUGACUGCCCAUGUCUCCCUGGUGAACAAGGCCGCUGUGGACUACUUCUUCGUGGAGCUGCACCUUGAGACGCACCUGGAGGCGCUGCGGCACUUUGUCCUGAUGGAGGAUGGCGAGUUUGCCCAGUCCCUCAGUGACCUGCUCUUUGAGAAGCUGGGGUCGGGGCAGAUGCCUGGGGAACUCCUCAGCCCACUGGCCCUGGGGUCUGUGCUGAGCAAGGCCCUGCAGUACAGCCUCCAUGGGGACAGCCCCCUCGCUGCUAACCUCUCCUUCGCCCUCAAGUUCCUGCCUGAGGUGUUCAGCCCCAACGCCCCCGACGUGCUGAGCUGCCUGGAGCUCAGGUACAAGGUCGACUGGCCCCUCAACAUUGUAAUCACCGAGAGCUGCUUGAGCAAGUACGGCCGCAUCUUCUCCUUCCUGCUGCAGCUCAAGCUCAUGAUGUGGACGCUUAAGGACAUCUGCGGCCACCUCAAGCGCUCGGCACUGGUGAGCCGGGUGGCAGGCUCCGUGCAGUUCCGGCAGCUGCAGCUGUUCAAGCACGAGAUGCAACACUUUGUGAAGGUCACCCAGGGCUACAUUGCCAGCCAAAUCCUGCACGUCACCUGGUGUGAGUUCAGGAACAAGCUGGCCACUGUGAGCACCCUGGAGGAGGUCCAGCGGGCCCACGCCGAGUACCUCAACAAGGCUGUCUUCCGGGGCCUGCUGACAGAGAAGGCUGCGCCCGUCAUGAAUGUCAUCCACAGCAUCUUUAGCCUUGUCCUCAAGUUCCGCAGCCAGCUCAUCUCCCAGGCCUGGGGCCCCACCGCCCACCCCCGGGGUGCUGAGCACCCCAACUUUGCCCUUAUGCAGCAGUCAUACAACACCUUCAAGUACUAUUCCCACUUCCUUUUCAAAGUGGUGACAAAGCUGGUGAACCGUGGCUACCAGCCACACCUGGAGGACUUCCUGCUGCGUAUCAACUUCAACAACUACUACCAGGACGCCUGAUGGGCCAGCCCAGCCUCCCCGCACCACACAGGAACCCUGAGGAAACCAGGUUUAUUGGGGCUGGGGACCAGGCUUGUCUGCAGGGGCUUAUUCCUGCCUCCUGUGGCUGGGCCAGCUUGUCCACCAAGAGCCAGCACGGCGCUGGUCACUUGUACAGAGUGAGGUGGGGCUUCCACGUCCCACCCUGGGGCUGUCCAUCCAUCUCCAAGGAGCAGGCAGCAUGGGGCUGGGCACACUGCAGAGUCGACAUCAGACAGAGACGGGUCAGGCCUGACUGGACGUCUCUGCCGCCAUGGAGAGACAGUGUCUCAGGACACGGCAGCACAGGUGCCAGCAGCUCUUGGGCUGUGCCCAAGGUGUUACGAGGAUCACGUCACACAGAGCUCAGCUGCCCAGGGCGGGGGUCUGCUGCUGUAGGAGCGUUGCAGGCCGACUGCCCCUGCGGCCUCCCCGAGCUCCAAGGCCUCCGUAGGCUCCUCCUCCCGGGAGUAAGGGGCCUCCAGCAGCUUCAGCACCCGCCGGACCUGCAGGGCAGCAGAGUGAGGGCUGUCCAUGGCCUGGGCCAAGCGCUCAGCAUGUCCCCACCACAGGAAGCAAGCAGGCCAUGUCCCACUUGCCUCUGAGAAGUCCCCGUUCUCGGCGGCAUCGAUGGCUGUCUGGGCGAUGUAGUUCCGCAGCACGUACUUAGGGUUGUUGGCGUGCAUGACCCGCAUGUGCUCUGCCUGCCAGGCCUUGGGCUCUCCAGCCCCUUCUGCAUCCUUCUCCAGGCGUGCGCUGACCACAGUAGGCUCGUCAGGUGCAGCUGGCACCCUCACCUGUGCCCCACCCCUCCCUGGUACCCAAGGCAGGUGUGGCCUCCUCACCUGUAGUCCUGGAGCCACUCUGUCCAGUGGGUGCGGUUCCUCGCCUGCAGCUCGGCCGGGCUCAGCUGCUCCAGCUGCGAGUGCUGCUCUAUGCGUUCCAGCUCACGAGCCACGCUGGCCCGGCUGCCCACAAGCCCCAGCAGCUGCGGGUUCGACUGUGCCAGCAUCAGCAUCAGUGAGAGCUGCCUGUAGGGAGUGGGGCAUGAGCAGGGUCCCUCUCACCUUGGAGCAGCAGGCCCCCGGGUGUGCGGAAGGUGGUGCGGGGUCACCUGGGCCCCGGAAAGGCCAAGGGUGGCAACACCAUUGUGUCCUAGCAGGAUACUGACAGCGUCCUGGGAAAUUCUGAGCACAACACCUGGAGGAAGGUCACUGCUGGAAGAGCCGUGGCCUGGACCCCUUCCUGGUCUGAGCCCCACCCAGCCUUCACACUCACUUCCCCGUGGUCCUGUAAUAAACCCUUCUGCCUGGC